AUGGGAAACGGAUGUUGCUCAUCAUCUUGUUCAGCUGGAUACUACAGGGUACCAAUUAUAGGUGCUCACGGUGUUGGUAAAACAGCAAUAGUCAAUCGUUUUAUGAGCUCAGAGUAUAUGUCGCCUAUGGAAUCAACUACCGAUGAUUUCGACGAAAGAAAACUUACUGUCGUCGUCGACAAUGAAGAAUCUAUAAUGGAAUUUAUAGAUUUGUCAUCCGUUGAAAAUGAUGAUUUACCAGCGGAUGCCUAUGUUGUUGUGUUUUCCGUCCACGAUAGCGACUCCUUCACACUGGCAGAGGAAUUUCUACAAUAUCUACGCAAUGAACUGGAUAGUGACAGACCAAUUAUAUUAGUAGCCAACAAAAUAGAUUUAGUCAGGAAACGACAAGUCACCAAAGAAGAAGCACGUCAGCUUGCAAAAGAAUUUGAAUGUAAAUACAUCGAAACAUCAGCUGUGUUAAACCACAAAGUUGACGAACUAUUAGUUGGAUUGUUAAAACAAAUAAAACUAAAACUAAAUCCAGAUGUCAUUCAAAAAGCAACUAUUGUGACACAGGGCAAAGGCAAAAAGCAUGCUCUAUUAAAAGGAACAAAAAGACUUCUGAGUAAAAUCUUAAGACGUACCUCACAACCUGUAUCACAAUGUGAAAAUUUGUUUCAUCUAUGA